UUAGCGGGGCGGAGCCGUUGGCCGUGUCCGGGUGGAGCGAACAAGCUGUACCCAGAUCCGAUUACCGCCUUGGCAGCGGCGAAGUCCGAGCUCAGGCGUCACUUGCAGACGUCAGCCCGAAGCCGCCCGUGUUGGCAAGGGCCGGAGCGCUCCUUCUGCAGGAUUACAGACGAGUCCUGUGUCGAAGCGGGAAGCGCUCAACUAAUGGAUGUGAGAGAACUUCUUUUGCAUUUUUGCGACAAGAACUUCCUGUGAGGUUUGCAAACAUACUGAGAGAAAUUGAUCUUCUUCCUGAUAAAUUACUAAACACUCCAUCAGUACAAUUAGUAAAAAGCUGGUACAUCCAAAGCCUAAUGGAGCUUGUGGAGUUCCAUCAGAAAAGCCCAGAUGACCAAAAAGUCUUAUCUGACUUUAUAGAUACAUUAAUUAGAGUCCGAAACAGACAUCAUGAUGUGGUUCCUACAAUGGCACAAGGAGUAAUUGAAUACAAAGACACUUUUAAAAUAGAUCCUGUCACCAAUCAAAACAUUCAGUAUUUCUUGGAUCGUUUUUACAUGAGCCGUAUUUCCACCCGGAUGCUAAUGAACCAACACACCCUUCUUUUUGAUGAUAAAUCCGGCUCAGGGCACCCGAGGCACAUUGGAAGUAUUGAUCCUUGCUGUGAUGUUGUUGAAGUAGUGAAUGAUGCUUUUGAAAGUUCCAAGAUGUUGUGUGACCAGUAUUACUUAACAUCUCCAGAACUGAAACUUAAUCAAGUGAAUGGAAAACUUCCAGGAGAGCCAAUUAAUAUCGUGUAUGUUCCAUCUCAUCUUUUUCACAUGCUUUUUGAGCUAUUUAAGAAUUCAAUGAGAGCAACCGUUGAAUUCCAAGAAAACAGUCCUUCCCUUUCUCCAAUUGAAGUGACAGUUGUUCUAGGAAAAGAAGACCUGGCAAUUAAGAUCUCAGACAAAGGAGGUGGUGUUCCAGUAAGGAAAAUUGAGCAGCUCUUUAGCUACAUGUAUUCCACAGCACCAAGGCCAAGGAUGGAUGAUGGUCGAAAUACCCCUCUUGCUGGCUUUGGCUAUGGCUUGCCAAUUUCUCGUCUGUAUGCUAAAUACUUUCAAGGAGAUCUAAAUCUCUACUCCAUAUGUGGUUAUGGAACAGAUGCUAUUAUCUACUUGAAGGCCCUGUCAACAGAUUCAAUAGAAAAACUCCCAGUUUUUAACAAAUCGGCUUCCAAGCACUACCAGGCUACCUCAGAGGCAGAUGACUGGUGUGUCCCAAGUAAAGACCCAAAGGAUGUAUCAAAGCAGAGUGCAGCUCUCUGA